AUGGGCGACAUGGCAUACGAUUACCGUUGGAAAGUGGUUCUCCUGGGCGACUCGACAGUUGGCAAGUCAAAUCUCGCAAGUCAAUUCAACCAAGGCGAAUUCCAUGCCGACUCCAGUCCAACAAUUGGCGUGAAGCCCACCAACAAAAUGGUGCAAUGCAACUCCAAGACCAUCAAAGUCAACCUCUGGGACACAGCCGGCCAAGAGAGAUACCGGGCACCCGUUCCUUAUUAUAACGAAGCGGUAGCUGUGAUGUUAGUCUAUGAUGUAACCAACCGCCAGAGUUUUGAGAAUGCCGCACGCUGGUUGCAAGAGGUUCGAGAUCACGGGGAGCCUGAAAUUGUCGUCAUGCUCGUGGGGAACAAAACAGACCUGGAGCGUAGAAGGGCUGUGACGACGGAAGAGGGCAAGAGAUUUGCUAAACUUGAGAAACUUCUGUUUAUCGAAACUUCAGCUCAGGAUAACACUCGAGUUGAGCUUGCCUUCAAGACUCUUCUAAACGGUAUGGCUGAUCCCUUCUGA